AUGCUUAACGGAAGUACCGUCCACCCACCGAUGGCGGACGCCCGGGUCGGCAUGGAGGGGGCGGACGGUGGUCCCCCCCUGAACCUAACCGAAACGGAGGUGGUGAUGGAACUGAUUGGGAAUUUUCUCAACUUCUACUACAUGCCGCUGCUGGUGGUGGUCGGCAGCAUCGGGAACAUUCUAUCGGUGCUGGUGUUUUUCAACACGAAGCUCAAGAAGCUGUCGUCGUCGUACUAUCUGGCCGCGCUCGGGAUCAGCGACACGUGCUACCUCGUCGGGCUGUUCGUCACCUGGUUGAGCUUCUUCCAAGUGCACAUCUACACGCGCGAACCGUACUGCCAGCUGUUCACGUACACGAGCGGUGUCAGCAGCUUCCUGUCCGUCUGGUACGUGGUGGCCUUCACGUUCGAGCGCUUCAUCGUCGUGCGGUACCCGCUCAAGCGGCAGAGCUGGUGUACGGUGCGGCGGGCGAAAACUAUCAUCGCCUGCCUGACGAUGGUGGGCAGCGUGCACAGCGUACCGUACAUCUUCUACGCCGGCACGCAGUACUCCGAGCGCAGCAACGUCACCAUCUGCGAUAUGCGCAAGGAGUACACGUCACAAAUGGAAAUUUUCAACUACAUCGACACGGUGAUAGUGUUUGUCGUCCCGUUCACCAUCAUCGUCGUCCUGAACUCCGUGACCAGCUUCACCGUGUGGCGUUUUGCCGGCCUGCGCCGUAACAUGACCCUGCCCAAAAGAAAACCAUCGAAUUUAGAAAUACGAAGGCAGCUCAGCUUCCAGUACUUUUCGACUCAUCCCAACGGACGGAAUGGCAUUCUGCGGCGAUCCAGCAUGAGAGAAAAUCGGAUGCUGCACUCGCAGAUGAAGGUCACCAAGAUGCUACUCAUCGUGUCCUCGGUAUUUGUGUGUCUCAAUCUGCCGAGCUACGUCAUGCGCGUACGUGCAUUCGUCGAGACGGGCCAUUCGUAUCUGACCGUGCUGGUGCAGUACUACUGCUACCUAUUCUUCAUCACCAACUUCGGCAUCAACUUCAUACUGUACUGCAUCAGUGGGCAGAAUUUUAGGAAGGCUGUGAUAGAAAUGUUCCGACGGCAUCGAAAGAGCCGAGUAAAUCAGGACCCGAUCAGCGGUUGCGGUACUCAAUCAGAACUUUUGCGCGCAUACGGCAACCUAGCGCUGAGGCGCACCAGUACGCCGAUGCUGUCAACCACGACCACCACCACCACAAACCGCACGGCGGAAACGAUGCUGUGGAAGGAUUAUGCAGACCCACCGGUUAUGAACCUGCCCUGAAGCCACCCCACCCACACACACACAUUCCAGGGAAACGGGGGCGAACGGAUUGAACAGUUGUGUAACGAAACGCUCCGGCCUUCCUUCCGGACAAAUCGUACAAGUUUAUUAGGGAAGUAUUUUUAUUCUUCUUGUAACUAUAAAAUUAAAAUCGUGCAACGAGAUGAAACAAUUCAACAACGCGAGUGUGUUCGCUGUACGGAUGAAUGUUGCUAUGCAUGGGAAAUGGUUGUCAUCUAUUUACACCUGCCCGGGAUCAAUCGGUAUUGGAUUGGGGAUGAGGGAUCCGCUCAUUGAUUGUGCCUCGCUGUGUGAGUGUGUGUGUUGCCCAUCA